AUGGGAUUGAGACAAAGAUUGAAGCCACCAUUGCCAAAUGAAUACUUUGGGAAUGCGCUUCAAGCAGGGAUUGCUGUCAAGUCCACUGCAGGUGAGCUGCUACAAAAUGGGAUAGGCUGGGGCCGCUGGGCUGCUUUGCACAUAAACAAAAUGAUUGCUUCCUUCACAUCUGAUGAUGCAAGAAAGCGUGCAGAGAAUUUUGUCAAAAGUCCAACGUUUCCAUACCCAACUGAUAUUGGACAAACUCGUAGCACUCCUGUGCUGCUCAUAGCAGGAAGCUCGCCUCGGUUCAAUGUUUACGGCAACGAUUUUGGGUGGGGGAGGCAGCUCUGCGUUCGUGACGGACCUGCAGGAAAAAAGAAUGGGAUGUUAAAAGUGUAUCUGGGAGAUGAAGAAGGAAAAAUAGAUUUUUCAGUUUGCCUCUUGCAUGAGACUCUACAAGCUAUGGCAGGUGUUCCGAAGCAAAUAAGAAGAAAAGAAGGAAAAGAGGGAGUGGAAGACGAAAUUCAGAAAUCUUCCUUUGAAAGUCAGCCAACUUCGAUGGAGCACUGA